CACGCUCCUGCCAAAACGUCCACACCUCCGCAAGACGGCCACUCGAUAUUGGUAAAGCGCUAGGUUCUCAUCAAUCAGGCUUUUGCAUACUGAUGAUGUUGCCCAGUCCCUACUUGGACGAGGUUUUUCACCAUGGUGACCCCGACGCGCUCCUCAGCUUUGCGGAAAAAAGGCGACUCCACCACGCAAUCUGUAGAUUAUCUGAACUACGGCAUUAAUAGAAAGGCUUCGGUCGCGGAGGAUCGCCAAACGCAAAGUGCCGGCCCGGCACGUCAAUUGAGGAGCAUCCCGAGAGCGCCACGGCCGGACCUCUUCGAGAUACCGAACUCCCCCGAACAACCCCAGCGCAAGCCAUCACCGUCGGCCCUUGCUGCACCGUUAACUCCACGUCGAUCUACGCGCCUAACUAGGCCUCAAACAGAUAUACAAAAUGGCUCGCUUCGGAUGCCUGCCCAACGCUUGCGCGUCGACGACCAUGAGGAUAACGCGGGGGAAAAGGAAUCAGAGCAGUCCCCGCACGAAGAACCCAACAACGAGCCCGUUAACGAGGACGAGGCCCAAAACGGUCUUGAAGACGAGGACAAUGAACUUAUUGGAAACUUUGAUCUCUUUUCGGAAACCAAUGGCUCCCGUAGCUCGCGAAGCGUGUCACCUUCAGCUUUCCUGACUCAAGAACUUGAACAGAGCGGGUGGUUUGAGUCAACUCAAUCCCCUAACAAAAUCGAAAUUCUCAAACGGGCUCCAGAAUCCAUAUCCGGUAACAAACGAGAUACACGGAAUUCAUCAAAAAUCCAAAGACCUAUCUCAGAAGCGGUCUUGCCUGGUCCCUCGGUUGUGAUCGCUGCGCGCCCAAACAACGUGCCCGAAACGCCCUUAUCAAAGGAGCAAUCAACUCGGGGUCAUCCGAUCUCUUCACCCACGAAAGAUGAUGAUGGUGACGUGGAUAUGGAUGAUGGAGAGCAAAUAAUGAAUUCCGAGCAUGCGGAUGGUGAUGAUGAAAGUUCAGAUGACUCGUUAUCCGAUUCUUCCCUUUUUGUACGUCAGGACUCUCCAGACCAAACAUCCUUAUCAGCAACUCGGUCCGGUAAACUUUGGAAACCCCCAAAUACUCGCACCCAUCAGACCAGAAGCUCAGGUACUACGUCCCCUGCCCAUAAUGAGCCGACGCCUGAAAAGUCCCCUAUCGCCCCGGUACGUGGCAGGAGACCAAACCGCUCUCAAGAUGCGCCGAGUCCAGCGGGCCGUCCUGUUGUCCAUCAGCUAAAUCGACCGCGCACUUCACGGCCGACGUUUCCUGUUAAUGAAGCAAAGCAUCCAGGACCCAACGGACCUCUAGUGAGUCGACGUAUAAGGAACCGAAAUAGUCGCAUAGUUGCGAAUUACAGCAAUAAUGAAACUGUCGAAAACCAUGUACCGAAGAGUACAUACCCUAGAUGCAAAGAAGCCACAAAGCUUGGACAACAAGAGCACAACUGGAGAGUUUUGGUCGAUGAAGCACGCAAGAUGAAGCAAAAAGCUAUCUCGGCAACGGAGUGUGGCUUAAAAGAUACUAUCGAGUUUAUUAAUGACUUACAAUCCUGGUACGAGGAAUUAUACCAAGGCUCAGAGCGGCCCCACAGGCUGUCGCCGAGGGACUCAUACAAACAAGAAGAAUACCUGACCCAGAUCUUGUAUGAAGGGGAUAGUGUACUGGAUGAAGUUUACAAUCUCGCUAUGAAGCGCCAGCAAAACCAAGGCCGUAAGCUAUUUCAAGCAUUCGAAGCGCGGGUCAUUCCGGCCAUUAUAAAGCUGGUUUUCACCAUUUUCGACGCUUACCAUUCAAGCCCCAGAUCAUUUUCCGGCAUAUACGACCACCUACACAGUGCCUUGAAGAAACUCGCCCACCUUUGCAAUCGGAUGACGAGUUUGACAAAGGAGAGAUACGUGGGAUCGUCUACGUGCACUCAGACAUUACGAAAACCCUUGCAAGAGCUCAUAGAAGCUUCAGAAACACACUCGCUAGAAAGCACUCGGUUGGAUGCCUCUGAUUCAAGCGGUGAAAGCAGCGGAUCGGACGGUAUAAACGACAACGCCCCCAUGGUCACCAUUCAGAAACCGUGGACCGAUACUGAAGGACUGGCUCUUCUAGACGGAUUGAUGCGACACGAGGGACCCAGGAGAUACAUUUCGAUCAUGAAGGAUUUUGGCGACAGACUAGAGGGAAGGACCAUACGACAACUACGAGACAAGGCGGAAGAAGUCCACGAUAACUAUAUACCCCAAAUUCACGACGAAUUACGCACGAGGGAAGGACGAGAGAAAUGGCACUGGUUGCUUAGUGUGCGGGAGUAGAAGGCUUCCACCUACAGUGUAGGUAGGUAUAUGAAGACCGAGGUGUAUACACGCGAACCAUGGAACCGAGACUCCGGGACCACACAUUCACGUAACAAUUACCCCUGACGCGUUAUUUACUACCUUCUAUCGAACAAUUCCCCUUAUUAUUAUCUACGCCCCUCAAUUACCCAUAGAAUUUCGGAGUUCUCGUCACCUCUAAUCUUCUUGUUGUAGCCAUACCUCCAGUGUAGGUCGUUGCCCAGAGGGGACUAGCGCCCAGGUGACCUGUUCUUUCCCCUCUUUCGUCCUUUUGCUCCUUACUCUUCUGUGUUGUCUUGCGGCCUGCGACUCUGCGUUGUUCCUGCUCUUCCCCUCAACUCGAUCCUCCGUUUACUGCGUCUUCUUGCUCUGCCUAAUACCUAAUAAUUGAUAUCCCCUAAAUUAAUCAUCGCUUCCCGUUUGUUGUCCAUCUUCCUUUCUGCAG